AUGAUUGGAUAUCGAAGUUACAGAAAGAAGCAUGGAGUUAUCAAGACUGGGGUGCCGAUCCCAGCGGACAUUACUGCUGACGAUGAUGAUGUUCAAAUUGGACUGUUUGUACAAAAGCCUUUUAACAGCUUUGAGAACGUGACAAAGACGUACAAAGUGAGAGGCUUCUUAUGCACAACAGCCGCAGCAGACAAGUGCCUCGUCUCCCCCUGCCUCAACGGUGCCACCUGCAUGGAAAACCAGGGCGCGUACGUGUGCCUCUGUCCCAGGACCCCUCUCAGGUUCAUGGGCGUACAUUGCGAAGACCUAUACGACCCGUGUUUGGACACUCCAUGCGCCAACUGUACCUUUAUACCCGGGACAGACAACUAUACGUGCCACUGUCCGGCAGGCUUCACCGGUCAAAACUGCAUGGAGGACAUCGACGAGUGCUUGGAAAACCCUUGCGUGGGACUUAAAAGCUUCUGUGUCGAUAAAAUUAACGGAUAUACGUGCCAUUGUCCGACUGGGUUAGGUGGAACAGACUGCACAAACAAUAUAACAACUUGUUCGGACCAAGAAUGCCAAAAUGAAGGCGUGUGUGUGUAUGUACCAGAUAUCGGACGGAGGUGCAACUGUCCUGCAGGAUUUGAAGGGGAAAACUGUGAAGUCGAUAUUAACGAAUGCAUGUCGGGACCUUGCAAGAACGGAGCCAUAUGUAAAGAUUUGGUGAACGGGUAUCAGUGCUUCUGCGUGCCGGGUUUUCAGGGAUCUCACUGCGAUUUGGAUAUAAACGAAUGUGCGUCCAAACCGUGUCAGAACAACGGGACGUGUUUGGAUCUGGUGGAUCAUUAUAAGUGUGACUGCGCGCCGGGGUUCACAGGACUGAACUGUGAGGUGGAGAUAGACGAGUGUGAGACCGCCCCCUGUCAGAACGGUGGCACCUGUCUGGACCUGGUGGCCAUGUACGUGUGCCAGUGCGUGCCCGGCUUCGAGGGCACGGACUGCGAGGUCAACAUCGACGAGUGCAACAGCGCCCCCUGCCUCAACCACGGCACGUGCUUAGACCGGGUCAACAGUUAUGAGUGCGACUGUGAUGGGACGGGCUUCGUGGGGGUACACUGCGAGGAGGACAUACCUGAGUGUGCUUCGGACCCCUGCCAGAACGGAGCCAAGUGUGUGGAGGGGGUCAAUGAGUACCACUGUCAAUGCUGGACAGGUUAUGAAGGAGAUAACUGUGAGGUGGACAUUGACGAGUGUCUGUGGGAGCCCUGUGAAAACGGAGGAGAGUGUUUCCAGCGCUCAGAUGUCCAACAGUACGGACAUCUCCCUGAACUCAGCACGGUCACCUUCAGCUACGACCAGGCUGCGGGCUUCAUCUGCCGCUGCCAACCUGGAUUCACUGGAGAGAAUUGCUCUGUAAAUGUGGAUGAGUGCGAGUCUGGCCCAUGUUUGAAUGGAGGAAGCUGUGAAGACAAGAUCAACUCGUACCACUGUGUCUGUCCAGGAGGAUUCACAGGCGUGCACUGCGAGGUGGACAUCAACGAGUGCGACAGCGCCCCCUGCCAGAACGACGCCACUUGCGAAGACGGCGUCAACUCCUACACGUGCCAUUGCCCCCCUCCCUCCGCCCCGGGACAGGACCCUUGGGGCGGUCUGGACUGCAACGUGCGACUGAUCGGCUGCCAUUUUCAUCUGUGCCAAAACCACGCCUCCUGUUCCCCCGUGUUGACCAACGACGGAGCCCACACCUACACCUGCCUCUGCCCGCCCGGAUGGAGCGGAAAACUAUGCAACACCUCCACCACCUUCUCAUUCAACUCGGAAGGCUACGUCCACAUGGGAACGCCGGAAUACACCAACAAAACCAAACAAACCGACGUCCGCAACGAGAUGCACUUACAGCUUCGAUUUAAGUCUACUUUGCCGGAUAUGGUUUUGUACUUUCGAGGUACCGUGGAAAACUACUUGUACUUAGAAGUAGCGGGAGGAGUACUGCGAGCUAAAGUGAAAUCAGGCAAAGUACUGCAAGCGUCCCACCCUGUACCAGUCAACGAUGGGGAGUGGAGAGAGGUUACUGUGACCAUGGAAGAAAAACUGGUCAUGGUUUUAAAAGGGCCGGGCUGUACAGAAGGAUGCAAAGUGAAAAACGAAGGGUAUAAUCACUUAAUGUUCCUACAACUUGGAUUUUUUAAGGAGAUGUACAUAGGAGGAGCCCCGUCAGAGUUCCUAGCAAGAACUUCAAGCGGGAAGGGGUUUAUAGGGUGCAUGGAGGACCUGUAUGUCGACCACAAGCCUUUACUGCCCCAGGAUCUUGUGAGGGAGGAGGUCAGGGGGAUGGAGCUGGGGUGCACCAAACAGGAGUGGUGUGAGGAGGACCCGUGCCAGGGCAGAGGGGAGUGUGUGGACCUUUGGGUGAGGGCCAGCUGCCAAUGUCAACGGCCCUAUUAUGGAGAGACAUGUGAAAAAGAAUACCCAUCUUGGACAUUUGGACAGGAAAAUUCCACAAGCUACUCUGCCUUUUCCAUCGGAGAAAGCCACGGAGAAAACUUCACCAUUUCAUUCCUCAUGCGCUCACUCAAACACAACGGCCUGCUACUCCAACUCAGACGAGAAGAAAAGCCAUACCUGACCAUCUAUCUCAAAGAAGGAACCGUCGCCAUAUACAGCCCCCACACCACUCUCCUCUCCGAAGCCAAGUUUGUUACCGACGGCAACAAUACUUUAGUAACAUUAAAGGUCCAGUAUGGUCACGUGGUGUUUCCGAAAGCGGGGAACCAUCGCGCCUUAGGGAAUGUUACGAUUGAAGCUGGAGAUGUGGCGUAUCUCGGAGGAUUGCCCCCUGAAAAGAACAUGAACGCGUGGGGAGGGCAUUUUAAAGGGUGUCUUCAAGAUGUGAGAAUCGACGACAAGCAUUUUAACACCGCGGAAGAGUCAGAAAAUGAGGAUGAUUACCUGGUUCUACACAGAGAAAAUGUGCUAGAGGGAUGCCACAGUGAUGACACAUGCAAGAAUGCACCCUGUCUCAACGGUGGACACUGCGAGGUCACCUGGAAUGACUUCAGGUGCAAGUGUCCCAGUAACUUUUCCGGGCGCGUUUGCCAAACCCGUCUGUGGUGCGUGGACAACCCGUGUUACGAAGGAGGCCGCUGUAUAGACCUGCAUGACGGAUAUGAGUGUUUGACAGAAGCCAUCUUCCAGGACAACUCUCUUCAGUUUGCAGCCAAUGGUUCGUUGCUCAGCCCAGUUACCAGCAUCACCCUGGAUGUACGAACACGCGACGAGAACGGCAUUCUACUCCGCGCUAACGGCAAAACCCAAGUCUUCUGUUUGGGCCUGCUAAACUCCACUCUGUUGGUCAAAAUGGACAGUGGCGCUGGAUCUGAACUUUUAGCCUUUACCAGCGAACAAAUCAUUUCAGAUGGAGCAUGGCAUCACAUCCAACUUACCAUGGCGGACCCCGAAAUGCCCUUGUCUCGCUGGCGCCUCACUGUGGACGGAAACAGAUCCGGCAGCAGCUUCGGAAAUGGCGGAAACCUCAACUUCCUGAAUGACACGAAAAUCUGGCUGGCCGAGAAGUACACCGGUUGCCUUGGAGAAGUUAGAGUAGGCGGAGUCUAUCUUCCGCUAAUAAAAGUCGACGAGGUUCCCCAAGCUAGUCGGUUUAUACGAUUGGCUGGACAUGAACCAGAUAUAGGGUGCAAGGGUGCUCCCAUCUGCGACUCCCAGCCUUGUUUGAAUAACGGGGUGUGCCAAGAUCAAUUCAAUGAGUUUAAUUGUAGUUGUAGUCCGGGAUGGGAGGGUGUCCUGUGUGAAAAGGAUAUAAAUGAGUGCGAAUAUAGCCUCUGCGUCUACGGAACAUGCACAGAUCUGAUGGCGGACUACAGGUGCGACUGUGAGCCUGGAUACAUAGGAAAAAAUUGUAACGAAGAAGUGGACAACUGCCUGGAGUUCAGCUGUGUAAAUGGGGGGACAUGUGUGGAGACUGUAGGGACACACACCUGCUCAUGCCCACAAGGGUACACUGGAAAACGCUGCCAGUGGCGCUAUCCUCCGGUCUCAUGUGAUGUAAACACCCCCUGUGAAAAUGGCGGCGUGUGUGUUGGAGGGGACACAGGAGGAAACUGCACCUGUAAGCCUGGCUACACUGGCUCCAGGUGUGAGACAGAAAUAGACGAGUGUGCGUCGAGCCCCUGUCUGAACGGAGCCACCUGUCUGAACCGACUUAACCGCUUCCAGUGCAUCUGCGCCCCGGGCUUCAGCGGAAAGCUCUGUGACAGCACCCAAGAGGAGCAGAAGGAGAGGGUCCCGUGGCUGGCUGUUACCAUCCCUCUCACCACCCUGUGCGCGUUGCUGGCCAUAUUAGCCGUCUUCUUCCUGGUGAUGACGGCACGAAAGAAGCGCCAGUCCGAGGGCACUUACAGCCCCAGCUGCCAGGAAGUAGCCGGAGCCCGUUUGGAGAUGGGCAGCGUGCUCAAGGUACCCCCCGAGGAGAGGCUAAUAUAACUGGUAAAGAG